CGCGCGCUGCCUGCGGAGCGGCUGCGAGGUGCGAGCCCUCGGUAGGGGGUUGGGGUCUUCGGGCCGGGGCGGCCGGAGCCGCGGUCGUGGGCACUGCGCACGCGCGGGGAGCGCCUCCUAGAAGGUGCGCGCCAGCAGCAGGGCGGCCUCGCGCCGGCGUGGCAGCAGGUGUGUUGGGCAUCUCUGACCGAGGAGGCUCGGGCACCUGGUCGGGGGUGGGUCCAUGCGGGCCACGCCUUCCUCGGGCUCCAGCCCCAGAGCAGAGCUGUGGCUGAAGAGACAUGCCCCCAGGCACUAGCCGGGGGAGGGCUCGAGGGCUGUUGGACAUCCUUCAAAUUAGGGAGAAAAUAGGGGAGCACCCACCUUCUCACCACCAUGGCAAGAAGAGGAGGGCUGGCGCCCCCGGGAACCGGGGCCCUGAAGGAGACCGAGGGGUUGGGGAUUUUUGGAGGGAGCUCCAGAUCCAAGCUUGAAACCAUAGCAGAUGAGCUCAGAAGUCCUUGAGAUCUGGUCCUGGCUCCACCCCAAAUAGCCGCGAGCGCCCAGGCCAGCCUCUGCCUCUUGGCAGGCCCCGGCCUCACUCAUUCCCAGGGCCUCAGGCCAACCUUGGUCCGAGCCUCGCCCCUCUGGUCGGCGCAGGAUGGGCCUCUCCCCGGGGCUGCUCCUGACCAUGGCUCUCUGCCCAGCUCUCACCCUGCACCCGGCUGAGGCCCAGGCGCCCGCACACCGGGACUACUGCGUCCUGGGCGCGGGGCCGGCGGGCCUGCAGAUGGCCUACUUCCUGCAGCGGGCCGGGCGGGACUACGUGGUGUUCGAGCGCGCCUCGGGGCCCGGCAGCUUCUUCACGCGCUACCCCAGGCACCGCAAGCUCAUCAGCAUCAACAAGCGAUACACGGGCAGGACCAACGCCGAGUUCAACCUCCGCCACGACUGGAACUCUCUGCUCAGCCAUGACCCUCGGCUGCUCUUCAGACGCUACUCCCAGGCCUACUUCCCCGACGCCGGCGACAUGGUGCGCUACCUGGGCGACUUCGCAGGCAGGCUGGGCCUCCGCGUGCGGUACAACACAACCAUUGCCCACGUCACGCUGGACAAGGAUCGGCGGGCCUGGAAUGGCCAUUACUUCAUUCUGACCGACCAGAAGGGCCAGGAAUACAGGUGCAGCGUCCUUCUUGUCGCCACCGGCUUGUCAGUCCCCAACCUGGUGGACUUCCCCGGCUCCGAGUACGUGGAGGGUUACGAGUCUGUGUCCGUGGACCCUGAGGACUUUGUGGGUCAGAAUGUGCUGAUCCUGGGCCGAGGGAACUCGGCCUUUGAGACGGCAGAGAACAUCUUGGGUGUCACCAACUUUGUCCACAUGCUGAGCCGCUCCCGCGUCCGGCUGUCCUGGGCCACCCAUUACGUAGGAGACCUCAGGGCCGUCAACAACGGCUUGCUGGACACCUACCAGCUGAAGUCCCUGGACGGGUUGCUGGAGUCCGACCUGACGGAUCUGGCUGUGGUGAAGGACCCCAAGGGCAAGCUCCACGUCACCCUCAAGUUCUACCUGGAGGACAGCAACCAGAGUGCCGAGGCCAUCCCCCUCCCCCAGGACGACAGCGACAACUUUGCCAUGCGCGUGGCCUACGACCGCGUCAUCCGCUGCCUGGGCUGGAAGUUCGACUUCUCCAUUUUCAAUAAGACCCUCAGACUGUCUUCAGGGAGUGAGUUCAGCAAGAAGUACCCACUGGUCAGACCUAGCUAUGAGUCCAAAGGAAGCCGUGGUCUCUUUGUCCUGGGUACGGCCAGCCACUCUGUGGAUUACCGGAAAUCUGCUGGGGGCUUCAUCCAUGGAUUCCGAUACACAGUGCGUGCUGUUCACCGGCUGCUGGAGCAUCGCCACCACGGUGUCGCCUGGCCCGCCACCGAGCACCCCAUCACACAGCUGACCAGCUCCGUCCUCCGGCGCGUGAACGAGGCUUCCGGGCUCUACCAGAUGUUCAGUGUGCUCGCCGAUGUCGUCCUGUUGAAGGAGAACGGCACAGCAUUCGAGUACCUGGAGGAGUUCCCCAUGCAGAUGCUGGCCCAGCUGGAGGCAGUCACCGGCAGGCAGGCCAGGCACGGGCUCUUCGUCAUCAACAUGGAGUACGGCAGAAACUUCUCUGGGCCCGACAAGGACGUCUUCUUCUAUGACCGGUCUGUGGGGUACACGGAAGACGCCUGGCAGUCUAACUUCCUGCACCCCGUCAUCUACUACUACAGGCACCUCCCCACCGAGCAGGAGGUGAGGUUCCGCCCUGCAGACUGGCCCCUGCCGCGGCCGGCGGCCAUCCACCACAUCCUGGAGGACUUCCUGACAGACUGGACCGCCCCCGUGAGCCACAUCUUGCCUCUGAGGCGCUUCCUGGAGAACUGUCUGGGCACCGAUUUGCGAAGCUUCUACGCAGAGUCCUGCUUCCUGUUCGCACUAACACGCCAGAAGCUGCCGCCCUUUUGCCAGCAGGGAUACCUGAGGAUGCAGGGGCUGGUGGGAACCGGAAGUCUCCGGCAGCACCGAGUGGAGAGUGGGCUCCUGCAGGACUAUGCCGCUGCGGGCAAGCGCAGGGAGGACAGCGGCCAGUGGCCUGGCCUCCGUGAGCCAGUAGACCAGCCCCAGGCUCCAGGGCCUCUGGACCAGCCCCUCAACAGCAACAAGGAGGAGCUGUGAUGUGCGGGUCUCUCCCACCCAGGCCUUCCUUCCCACAGCACCGUGCUCCCACCGAUGGGUGAUUGCCAGAGGCCACUGGGAUCAUUGCAGCGGCCCCACCAAAGCCACACGGAGCGCGCGUAAGGGCUACGGUGGCCAUGCGGCGGUCUCCUCCCCUCCUGUUGGCGUCCAUAGUGCCCAGGAGGUGGGGUCCAGAGAAGGACAUCCUCUGCCAGUAGGAGUCGCCUCCCACAGCCGGGCUUGUCUGCAAGUGAAUGACCGCUGAGCACCAGGCUGGCCUCAGUCUGUCCCCAUCAAGUGCCCAGUGGUUCCUUUUCCUUCUGGUCUACUCUUCAGAAGGGCCUGUCAGUGGAGGUCUCACAGAUGAAACCCAGCCUCAUCUGCAUAAGGGUUAGUGGCAGCUCUUUAAAAUAAAAGCUCUAAUAAUCCCAAUUACCUAGGGCAGGUAGGACUGUUACUCCUGAUGAAGACAGCAGCUCAGAGAGGUUGGGUGACUCCCAGGGCCCCAGCCAGGAGUCCUGUCUGCUGCAGCCCUGCAGCCUGUCCCACCUCACAACACCGCCUCUCCCCGCCCCCACCUCUGUUUUCAGAAAGGGGGCCGGGGCCCUGGGGCGCUGGGCUCAUGGUCCUGGGCCCAGCAGGCUGGCAUCAGGCGGAGAUAGCACCUUAGCUAAGCAGGCGCUCCCCGAGAGAAGUCCUGCUCUUUCUCUCCGGGACCGCUCCCCGGUUCAUCUUUAGUCUGUGUUCUUCUUCCGCCCUGCCCGCUGGCUUCCUGAACGGUGCCUCACCUGGCGAGGCAGAUCAAGUUUUGGCACCUUCCUGCCUUGCCGUGGGUUGCUUUUGGAGGUGGUUUGCCCGCUGUUUGAACAGAGCCCGCUCAGCUUGUGCGGAGACAUUUAUAAAUGCGUUUGCAUGAUAACAAUGAUGGAUUUCAUUCCAGCUCCCUUAGCUAUUCUGGCUCUUCCUUGUCCUUCCUCGCCAGGGACCUGUUCCCUUCUUCACUCUCCCAUCUGGCAUUGUAGUCCUGUUCUGAGUAAGCCAUGGGAAGGCAUUGUACAUAAAGCAAUCAUGGUUUCUCAAGGUCGGGAUCAUGAUGCUUUCUCACUGGUUCUUAUAGCCCUCCAUGCAGCCACUCGGAAUGUGAGGGGCCUGGGCUUUCCAGCCCCGCAGCCUAUUUCUGGGACCAUUCUCUUGGCUUAGGCUCACAUUCCUUCCCUACCUGCCCCACCCCCUUAUCUGCAGAUGCCUCUCCCUCCAGUAUUUGCAGAGUUAGAACAAUGGGACUCCAGCUAAGGCAGGAGGCGUUUACCCAAUGACAGUACUUGGCAUAGUUUGCACACAGCUAAACCUUGUACAUUCAGGGUCUCUCCCCAUUCCCAGGGUGUAGGGUUCACUGUGUCUCCUACAGGUUACAGGUAAACCAACCACCCUUCCUUUUCAAAUAAAUAUUUUCAUUAGGACUGUACCCAUAAUUUCAUACACAUCUUGCCUACCCGAUUACUGAAGACUGGCUGAGCCCCUUUUCCAAUAAAAAUUGGAGGUGCUGUAACAUGGUU